GUCCCCUCAACCCGGCAGUAUGUCGGGCGACCACGUGAAAGUUGUUGGCUAAAGUCGGCGAGUCUCCCUAGAACAACUUCUGAGCGGGACAGAUAAAAAGAUAAAAAGUUUGGGGGACUCGCUGGCUCUGGGGUGACGCUCGCCCAGUUCAGACGAUCCCUCCCGGGGCGGAGAGGAGCGGCGGCCGGGUCCCGGGAAUGGCAGUCGCGGACUCUGCAGAAGCGCCUGCCGGUUUCCGGGACGAGUCGGUCCCGGGGUCCCGGGCUGAGGACUGGACCUGCACCCGGCCCGGACCACGCCGCAGCCACCCGCCGGGCACCGAGCCUCGGAGCAGGAACUGUCAAUGGUCUCUAUCAAUUAAGUCACUGAGCCUUGGGUUUUAUCUUCCUUGAAGCCAGAAACCUUCCUAGCAUCGCAAUGAAGUUGCAAGUCUCGUAGAUGCUGAUGACUUUCGAAUGGUAAUGAAUUCGUACCAAAUACAGGCAUGAACAGUAGUACAGGUAAACCUACACUGAGAAUGCUUCCCAAGUGUUAGGAUUUAGUGCCGAGUUUCAUGAUUCAGAACAUAUGGCUGCGUGUAUGUUUCAAGACGAAAACUGACAGGAUAUAGGAAUACAAAUUUUGGAACUAGUGAAAGAACAUCUUCUGAGUGAAUGUGAUGAGAAACAAGAAAGAAAGGAAUCUAGAUGCGAAAGCACCCAAGUCUGAGUCAUGGGGGAGGAUGGGGGGGAGAAAAGGUUAGGAAAAUUUGGAUUUCAAACAAAGCUAUUUUGAUAGAUCUUAGGAGCUCUGAGUAAUUUGCUACCAACACACAAAAAGGCUUUCCUGGUUGUGUGCCAGCUCUUAGGUGUGGUGAGUGUUCUGGUUUCUGAAGAGGUAGGUGUUGUAAAAUGCUUAUAGCACCUCAAAGGAAUAAAAAAAAAAAGAAAAAGAAAAAAACAAGCAUCUAAUAAGAGCAUAAGAGCACUUUACAUGCCCAAGAUCAUUUAAAAUCAAUUACAGUGUUAAAGAUGUUGCCCAGACAAAACAUUUAGGGUGAAAAAAAAUUCUUUGUUAUUUAAUGUGAUAAAAAGGAGACUACUUUAACGAAAAAUACCUUGCUUGCCAAAGAGCUCGGUUUUGUUUUAUAAAAUCAGAAGUCUAUUUACAACUCCUAAACCCACAAUCCCUGGAGAGCUAAGCAAUUGCUGACAUACAAAUUUUGAAAACAAUGUAAUUCAAGUAAUUAGAAUCCAAGCCUAUCAGACAUCUAUCUGUGUCAUCUGAUCUGUUUGCACAGGAGAUGCUAUAGUUGGGAGGAAAUGUCUCAAAGGUUCAUGUAAAGGUUCUUUCAGGCUUGCUCCCUGGCUUCUGGGGCUUUUGAGAAGUAAUCAGCCCAGCAAGAUGUGAACUUUGUCAAUGUAUUAAUCCACUGAUGAGUUCCUACUCAAAUGAAUUAUCGGAAAGUUGGACCUAGUUGGAGAAAAUCGGUAACAAGGAACAUGCCUUUUAAGGUGUCUCUUGGCCCUAGACCUUUCUCUCUUUGCUUUCUAGCUGCCACGAGAUGAGCAACUUGAUCUGCCUCACGUCCUUCCUACCUUAAUGUUCUAUCUUAACACAGUCCCAAAAUCACAGAGGCUUUGCGCCCUCUGAACUAGCGAAGCAAGUAAUUUUGCUCACUAAGUUGAUUUCCUCGGCUGUUUUGUCAGAGUUAUAGAAAUUUGACUAAAUGUGACCACUGUAAAAUAUGGCUAUCACCAUCCAAAAGACAUGAUUAUUGACUGUGUAUUGACUGUGUAUAUAAUUUAAAAUGUCGUCUUUUGAGGCUGGAUCUAAGUUCAGUUCUUAGCAUCAAAUUCCAGUGGCUCCCAACUGCCCAUAACUGCUGGUUCGGGGAUCAGAUACCUCUUCUUGACUCUUUGUGCUCCUGCACUCACAUACACACACACACACACACACACACACACACACACACACACACACACACACACACACUUUAAAACAAAUAAAGUGUCAUUUGUUCAUAUGUCACAGGCUCAGUAAAGUCUUUUUCAGAGACUUUUAUUUUAUAGAAUUUAGAUGCAAAAUAUGUGUUAAAUUCUCAAGUGUAAUAAAAUUCAACAUUUUACUAGCUAAUAUCUUACCCUGUCUAUUUCCCCAAUACAAACAUCAUUAAAAGUUAAAAAUAUGACUAUAUUUAUACUUUAAUUUCCUUUCCUCCCCCAAUACUAUACCUGUAAUGGUCAAAAGCUUGAGCUGAAAAGAGAGGGAGGCAAGCUGGCUUGAUCUUUUGCAUGCACACGUGUGUAUUCAGUUGAUGUUGAGUUGAUGUUGAUGCUGCCUAAAGACCAGCAAAAACAGUUUACAUGUCAAGGGAGCUCUCCCUGUAAAUUGUCUUUCAUGCAUUGGCAUUACCAUCCUCUAAGAGACCUGGGAAGAAUGUUCUAUUCCCUAAGAAUGCCUAGCCAUUCCAACAACUUAAGAUAUAACUCUACAGAAACCUCAUCAUCUUCUCUCCUGACAAUAGACUUUUUCCUGGAUAUCUACCACUGAGGCUGAGACUGUGGAGGAAGGUUCCAGGUGUGUGUUCCACACAGUUCCAUUUCUGUUGCUCUGCAGUAUGCAAAGGGACAAAAGGACUUCCAUGUUUAGAACUCUUAAAGCACCCGCCUGAGCUGUGCACUGUACAGAAAGCAAGGUUUCUCCUAUCCACUGGAGCUCUGUCUCAGUGACUCAUUCCUUUCUCACCGGGACUAACAAAGGUCAUAGUGGAACAAGUUUGUACAGGUUUUCUCUAAGUCUCACUGUCAAGUUCAGGACUUGAUGGUACAGUAAGAAGCUAAUGUGCACAUAAUACCAAUUAUUGAGUGAUCCCUUGUUCAUUUACACGAAGCAAAGCUACUGAUGGAAUCUGGAUGUCUUCGCUCGCAGUCUUCUUGAUAAAGAGCCACUGUUAUUUUAGGCAAAAUCAUCAUUCUUCUUAGAUCUCUUUAUUAUAAAUACGUACAUUCAUAAAUGUUUGGGGAAAUGUGGAGGAGUAAUAGAUACAAGAAGGUGUUAGGGCUUCCAAAGAAAAGCAUUCAAAGAUGACUUCUGUGAACUCUGUGAGUGUAUCUGGUGCUUGCUGUUUUCUUUCUCUUAUCCCAGAGGCUGUAGAUUAUCAGUUUUCCAUGGCUGUCCUCAUACACAGGAUGCCUUUAUUCUGCUUCUUUCAGUUAACCUUGUGUCAACCAUGUGUCUUCCCCGUCUUGAACUGUCCUUCUCACUGCCAAACGCAUCAUCUCCCCAGUCCUUAAAAUGCACAUCAUGGAAGACAAGGUCAGGAAGGCAGGGAGUUUAUGUAGAAAUAGAGAGAACCUUAGAAGGAAGGCUGAAGCCUGGACCGGAGGUGUCGAACCGGAAUUCUCGAAACUGGGGAGGCUGAGGCAGGAGGAUGAAGAAUUCAGGCCAGCCUGAGUUACACAGCAAAUUCAAGGCUCACUGGGCCUCAUCAAAAAAAUAAAAGUCUGAGGCUGUUUCUCAGUGUCUGAGCUCUUACUCAGCAUGUGGACAAGCCCUGAGUUCAGUCUCUAGUAACACACACACACACACACACACACACACACACACACACACACACACCACCUAUUAAAGGUAUAUAGAAGCGGGAAAGACACGUUUUCUGUCCAGAUGGGUGGGUCUAGGGCAGGCAAAGGAAUACAGAGGACCAUGACACCAUGACUGAUUUUGUGGAAAGGAAGUGCCCCAGGCUUGGAUGACUGGCAGCAAGGUGCAGUUAUCAUGCAUGGUGUUUCCAGUUCUCCCUGGCUUCAGGAGUUCUUAGACUCUUAUCCUACUCUGGAAGGCUUCAAAAUGAGGACGUGACCUCUUUGGAAUUAUGCAGAUUAUAUACUAGGUGUUUGAAAUGCAUUUCCUUCUAUAUGAAUAGGACAAGACUUGCUUUGCACAUCUUGGUUUUGUCAGGUAAAAGCAUGUUGGCCUUCCCACGUCGCCAUCAACACCUAAAACAUUUACCACAUUUUAGCUUUGCACAUUCUCUAUUCUUCUAAAACAUGGAUGGAUCCUAAUUCAGCUUUUGGAUGACUAUUUAGUUAUUUUCAACUUCAUUAAGAUUUUGGAAAGCAGGAGUUUUUCAGCACGUCUCCAGCACUGCCGGUAAUGGUUUCACAUUCUGUAGGCACUGGAAAAAUUAAACCAAGAAAACACAAACAGGACCUACACCUUUUUAUGCCCUUUGUUCUGUGUUUUUACUUAUUCUUACCUGCAUGAGAUCGAAGAGAAAGGAAUUUUUAAAAAAAAAAAUCAAAGAAUACUGAACUUGGGGGCUCAUAUGCCAUCUAAACCAAGAUGGAAAAAUAACUGAAUAGAGGAAUAGAGGCCUAAAGAGUCCUGGGUGCAGCAAAUUAUGGUAAAGUAACUAGGAAAUGUGUAAUAGUUACAAGUUAAUCAGUGUGGCUUGUUAAAACCACACUUUAUCUUUUCUUUGUUAGAUUUAUUUACUUUAUGUAUAGGAAUGUUUAAGCUGUACGUGUGCAUUUUCCCAGAGGUCAGAAAAGGGCACUGGAUGCCCUGGAACUGAAAUUACUGCUGACUGUGAGUCACCAUGUGGGUGCUUAGAAGUGGACCCACAGCAAGAACUGUUCUUUUACCCAGCCAUCUCUUCAACCGCUAAAGUCAUUUUUUUUUUCUUACUGAAGAAAGAGAGCUUCAUGCAUAAACUUACGUUGCUUUCCCAUUGGGAAAAUUCUACCCUGCUUUUAUGCAGAAAAGGAGUCUGGGGGUUCAGAGAAUGCUCUUAUAUCUUCUCUUUGUCAACUGUUUUCAUCUCGCAAUAACCUUCAUGCCCAAACAAUUUAUUCUGAAAUGUCAUAUUCUGCUUCCCAACUGGCCUAAGUUAAACAACUUCAAGAAAGAAGGAGACUGAUUGGUAGAAAUUUGACAUUUUUGACUGUCUGUCUUACUCUUAUGUUACUAUAUAAAAUACACUGGUACAGACAAUUUAAGGAAGGCAGGAAGUGAGG